GCUGGAGUCGCCUCACUCCCUCCCCUUAUACCCAAGCAGCCAAGCCCCGUCCCCUCCCCGCCUCCGCCUCCGACCUCGAGCACUCCUCUCCAAUGGCGACGGCCCCGGCACCCCUCUCGCUCUCCGCCUCCACCGUGCCCGCGCGCCUCCGCGCCGCGGCGGUGCCGGCGGGCGCGCGCGGCAGGCAGCCGCGGCGCGGGCGGAUGGUGGUGCGCGCCAAGAUCCGGGAGAUCUUCAUGCCGGCGCUCAGCUCCACCAUGACGGAGGGCAAGAUCGUCUCCUGGUCCGCCGCCGAGGGCGACCGCGUCAACAAGGGCGACGCCGUCGUCGUCGUCGAGUCCGACAAGGCCGACAUGGACGUCGAGACCUUCCACGACGGCAUCGUGGCGGCGGUCCUCGUCCAGGCCGGGGAGUCCGCGCCGGUGGGGGCGCCCAUCGCGCUGCUCGCGGAGUCCGAGGAGGAGGUGCCCCUUGCCCUCGCCAAGGCCAAGGAGCUCUCCAACGGGCAGCCGCAGCAGGCGGCGCCUGCUCCGGCGGAGGAUGACGCCGCGACGCCGCCCCCGCCCCCGACACCGGCGGCUGCUCCGGCGCCGGUGGCUGCGGGGACAAAGGGCAUUGCCAGCCCGCAUGCUAAGAAGCUCGCGAAGCAGCACAGGGUGGACCUUGCCAAGGUGACCGGCACCGGGCCGUACGGUAGAAUUACGCCGGAAGAUAUUGAGGCAGCCGCCGGAAUUCAGCCGAAGCCAAAGCCUGCGGCUGUUGCUGCUGCAUCAGCACCUGUGGCUGCGCCUUCAGCGGCUGCAGUGCCUCAAGCAGCAGUGCUACCGCCUGUGCCUGGCGCGACUGUUGUUCCAUUCACUACCAUGCAAGCCGCGGUGAGCAAGAACAUGGUGGAGAGCUUGGCGGUGCCCACAUUCCGCGUCGGGUACCCAAUUGUAACCGAUAAGCUCGAUGAGCUGUAUGAAAAGGUUAAGCCAAAGGGAGUAACAAUGACAGUGCUGCUGGCAAAGGCUGCGGCCAUGGCGCUUGCUCAGCACCCUGUUGUCAACGCUAGCUGCAGGGAUGGAAAGAGCUUUACUUACAACAGUAACAUCAACAUCGCAGUGGCUGUGGCAAUUGACGGUGGCCUUAUUACACCUGUCCUGCAGGAUGCUGACAAGCUGGAUAUCUAUUUGCUCUCGCAAAAUUGGAAAGAUCUAGUCAAAAAGGCACGCACGAAACAACUCCAGCCAAAUGAGUACAGCUCUGGGACAUUUACACUGUCCAACCUGGGUAUGUUUGGUGUAGAUAGAUUUGAUGCAAUUCUUCCACCUGGCCAGGGAGCUAUUAUGGCUGUUGGAGCCUCGAAACCUACAGUUGUGGCUGAUAAAGAUGGUUUCUUUAGUGUCAAGAGCAAAAUGCUGGUCAAUGUCACUGCUGAUCACAGGACUGUAUAUGGUGCUGAUUUGGCAGCAUUCCUGCAGACUUUUGCAAAGAUUAUUGAGGAUCCUGAGAGCUUAACUUUGUAAGAUAUCUUGAAGAGUUAUGAUGUUACUCCUAUGUCCUAAUGUCCUACCUAUGUGCCCAUCAGUAGUCUGAUUUCAGUUGGAGUUCUAUUGCUGAUCUCCAAUUUUUGUAUCUUCGAUCCUUCAGUGGGAUGUUGUUGUUUGUUCUUGUGUUUUAUUUCGCAAUAUUUGGAUCUUGUUGGAGAGAUUAUACUGUUGAUACCGUGGAAAUUUUGGAGAGCAAUAAAUUAUAAACUGUAGAAUAGUUUGGUAA